CUGGCCCGGGCUGGCCGUCUGCUGGGCCUGGACGUCGGUGACCGACGUAUCGGCCUGGCGGUAAGCAUACCUCCGGGGGAGUUGAUCCUGCCUGCCGGGUAUCUGCAGCGUCGCAAUCGGCGCGCCGACAUUGCCGCGAUCCUGGAACAGGCCAGCCAACGCGACUCGGUAGCCAUCGUCGUGGGCAUGCCCUACGACGCCCACGGUCGAUCCGGCGAACAGGCACGCAAAACCGAUGCGCUGGUUCGCGCGCUGCAACGGGCGACCGACAUCCCGGUGCUGACGGUCGACGAAUCAUUCAGCUCCAACGCUGCCGCCCACGACCUGCUGCAGUCCGGGCAAAGCCCGAGCCACGACCCCGGUGCGAUUGACGCCGCCGCCGCAGUAACCAUCCUGCGCUGUUUCCUGGCCUCGUAG